AUGACCACCAGGCAGCGUGCUUCUGCACGUAGAAGAGCAUACCGUGAUAUUAGUGCAUGGGGAAAUGCACAGCAGAUGAAUGGUGACAUUAUCAAUGUCUGGCCACGGGCGACAGCCCCGGAGACUCGUCUCAGCCCCCUGACCCCGAAUGAAACCACCUCAAUCUGCAGCCUUCCACCAAAGCCGGAAUUCUUCAGAGGCCGUGAUGACUGUCUGGACAAAAUCCGCCGCAAGCUGUCGCCUGAGGGACAGCAAUCACCCUCUGAAUUGAGUCCAUGUCUGAUCACAGCAAUGGGAGGUAUGGGCAAGACUCGGAUCGCUCUUGAAUAUGCACAUCGAAACCGCAAGCUCUACGAUUGUGUUUUCUGGCUGGGAGCUCAGCAGUUACCCAAGCUUUCGUUCAGCUUUGCUUCGAUUGCGGCCGAGCUUGGAAUUCCUCACACUGAGCUGAUGGGAGAUAACCGAAAACACGAACUGGUCAAAGAAUGGCUUGAAACGACCGAGUCCUGGGACUCUCUCGAGAGAUUCUGGCCAAGCCGAGGCUGCGGUGCGAUUAUCGUGACAAGCCAAGUUGCUAGCUCUUUUGCGCAGGCGAUUAGCUUUCAUAUCGAACCUACCCCUUUGAGCAUCGAGGAAAGUUCGAGGCUCCUGCUCGAGCUUAUGCAGUGUAACCAACCCUCGGAGGAAGACAUUUUUUCGGCAGAACGUAUCUCAGAUAUGGUCGGAGGGCUGCCAAUCGCAAUCGCUCACAUGGCUGGUUACAUGUUUACUUCUAAGACAACCCCCAAAGAACUCCAACAGAGGUUAGAGACUGAGGAAGUAUACAAUAUCUGGCGGAAGGCGACAACGUGUACAAUUCCGUUGUAUGAGCAGACGCUUGAUAGGGUGUGGAGAAUCGCCCUCGAAGAGCUUCCGGCUCCCGCGAUAGAGCUUCUUUGCGUGAUAUCGAUGCUGAACCCGGACGCAAUACCUGAUGAGUUGGUUGUCCAAUGGGCAUCAUCGGAAUCAGAUCCGAGCCUUCAAGAGACAGAAAACGGAACAAGUCUGGAUGAAAUUCGGACAGGUCUGCUUAAAAGACAGCUGGUGGAUAGAGGUGAAUUCCCCUCGGGGGAGCGAUACCUUACUGUACAUCGUUCGCUACAGAUAAACCUGCGCACCAGCCUGGUAAAUGAUUACCCGAGAAGACAGCAGGUUUUUGACAAAGCGGUGGCCCUAUUACGUGAACUCUUUCCAAGUCAGUCCAAGAUUAUGACACCAGUCAAUCACCAUUGGGACGCCUACGAAAAAUAUCAGCCUCACUUAAUGAGCUUGCAAACAAUUUUUUGCCAAGCGGGAGGCGGGCUGGAAGGUACUGCCGUCUUUGCAAGUCUCUUAUCAGACGAAGCCAACUACUUCUGGGAACGAAAUCUUCUCGACGACGGUGUUAGGGCCUCCAAGCUGGCCGUUUCCAUCCUCAAUGACAUGGAUCAGCCUGACCCUAAUGCCCAGGCUCAAGCAUUGUGUCUCCGGGGGGACAUAGAGCUUGAAAAGGGCUUCAGUGGGCGGAGGACUGGCCUUGAUGUGCUGCUCAAGACACUGGACAUACGGAAACGUUACAUUGACAAGCCUCCACCAGGUGGGACUCCUGAUGAACAGCUGCUUUAUGCAAAUGCCUGGAACGACUUCGGUUGCGGCUUGCUGGAGUUUGCCGAGUAUGCAAAAGCAGAAGAGUACCUCGUCCAUGCGUUGGACAUCAAGAAGCGCAACACCAACAAGCAUGACGAGCCUAUGGAAUUUGCCGAGGCAUACAUGAACUUAGCAAUGGUACGUUGUUUCCAGAGUAGAUAUGACGAAGCCAAAACACUGUUGGAAGAGUCCGUGAAGCUGGCAGAGAAGGCCAACGGUCGGCAUUCGGCCUGCGCUCAAAAUUUCACCUUCUACUGGGCCACCAUACUUCUGAAUACCAACGAUCUGGAAGCAGCGAAAGAAAAGCAUGAGGAUAUCCUUGAAGAACGCAAGGAUAUUUUCGGUACAUUUUCGCUUCGCACUAGACACAGCUACUAUGCCUUGGGAUCGACUUAUCAGAAACUGGGUCAGCUAGAGGAUGCAGAGGAAAUGUUUCGCAAUGCUCUGGAAUCUCUGGACCGAUUUCCUUGUCCUGACGAGUACAUAGCAAGGUCGCAGUAUAGCUUGGCGCAAGUACUCAAGUCGAGGCAUAAUCAUAAUCACGGAGAGGCGACAGAAUUAGAAGCGAAUGCCAGGAAGCUGCGAGAUAGACUGCUUGAUCAAUACGCACCAAACUCGGAAUGGGGAGACACGGAUGAGCUGGGCGUUUUUGAUUACAUGGUAUCAUACAAGGCAGGACGAACAACGAUGGGUCAAGCUCCAGUCAAACUGUUUGAUGUUUCAGAAACAGGGAUCGACCAGAGCAUAGCUGCAUUUGGCGAGGAUUUAUUUACUUCGGCCUUGAUUGUCGUGGUAGCCAAUCGCGUUCGACCAAGGCUGAGCGAAAUGGUGCUGUGUGCCAUCCACACUCUCUGGCACUCGAUGAUCAACGGAGCCGAAAACAUGCACAGUGAGCUGUUCACAAAUUUGAGCCGCAAGGAUCGCAAGAGCAACAAUCAUAUCCAGGGUGCGCCCAACUUGUUGAUCGCAAUGCCAGCCCAGGACAGUAGCCUCAAACCCUUCGACGGCCAGGUGAAAUCGAGCCAGGCUAACCUGGCUGAUUCCAUCAAGUCCACAGCCGAAAAAGACACGCGAAUGAAACCGUGGCAAAGCGUGCACAAAGACGGGCAAGCCACGUCACAGGAUGGUGAUCAAGACGGCGGCGCGAAGAUGAAUGGCAAAGACGAAUACUGGAUGACCGAAGGCUCCGUCAAUGCUUCGAGCUAG